AUUCUAGGGUAAGUCUCUUACUAGGGCCACUUGGAUUAAUUAUGUGAUUGCUAAAGCGAGAGAAUGGGGUAAGACUUGGGAGGCAUCCUCUCUUAACAUUAAUGCAGGUUUGGGGCAGAGGCGGAUGGAGAAGCUUAUUAGCUGGACCCCCCCUCCUUCUGAGUGGUACAAACAUAACACCGACGGCGCGAUGCAAGGCAAUUCUGGGUUGGUGAAUGGUGGUGGUUGCCUUCGAGACAGUGAUGGAGUUUGGAUGGGUGAGUUCUGGAUAGGGUUUGACGUUCAGUUAUCGGUUUCCGGUUAACCGGCUAAGCGAAAAUUUCAAAAUCGGACAGUGUUCGAUAGCGAGGUUAGCUUUGCCGGUUAGCCGGCUAACCGACAAAGCUAACACCCUCCCCUCAAUCGUAAAACGACACCGCCCUCCUCUUCCGCCUAAACCCUAAUCGAGCCCCUCAAUCUCUCUUCUCUGCAUCGCGAGACGGGAAGUCUCUCCCACUCUCUAAGUCUCCCUGCCUCCUGCCCAACCCUCCUCUAUCGACCAUCUCCCUCCGCCGGAGACAUUCCUUUCCCCUCUUAUCGACCAUCUCCCUCCGACCCUCCCCGACUGCCGCGACGACGAGGACGACCCUUGCUUCUCCAACGCGAAGUCGCCGCCAACCAUCCCCUUCCUUCCCCCGCCGCGACCUCGCCUCGGCCACUUCUGCUCGCAGCUAGCAGCCAACAGUCCUCCGCCGGUGCCAUUCCUUUCCGACGACUAGUGCCCCUCUACGCAGGCCAGCACCCCGCCAUUGAAUUAUGUAGAUUUACUUUGUCUUUCUAAAAGUAUAUGAUUUGGUUCUCGUUUCCAAUUAGUAUAUGAUUUCAAUUGGUGAAGCUUGUUUGAAGGUGAAGAUACGCUAUUGGUUAUACUAAUUUAUUUGUGUUUAAUCUUCUUCACCUGAGUAUCCCGAUGCUGAAUAAGAUGAAGUUAAUCUUCUUCACUGCCUUCCUCAGCCCUCCCACCACCGACCACCCGCUGCCGGCAGCGACGGUCAUUCUUCUCCGAUCCAUGAUAAAAUGAGAUGCUCAUAAUUGUGAAUCCCAUGUUUUGGUAUAUAGAGGGAUGGAGGGAGGGAGAAACUUAGCUAGCAAGGCAAGUUAUAAUUGAGGCUCGGGAUUAACGAGAGAGAAAGAGACAGAGAGCUGAUGGAUGAUUAGUUGGAUUGUGGGGAUUUGGUUCUUCUUGCUUUGUGUUCAUCUUCUUUAAUUGCUUGCUAUUUCAGAUCUCUACAAGCCUUUGAAUUAUAAAAAAAUUUGAGCGGCUUACUUGUGAGCUUCUUUAUCUAUUGUUAUAAUUAAAGGCUUGGUAGAGAUUCUAUUUUAAAUGGAUAGUUAACCAUUACAAGAGGGUUACUCUAAGCAUGAAGGCUUGCUAGAGAUUCUAUUUAAUUAAUUAUUAUUGGUUUGGGUGUGCUUAAGGAACUAAGGAAAGUUCUUUCUUAUCCAAGGGAAAAGAAAGAACCAGUAGGCUAUGUUUCUGUUCUCACUAGGUUCAGACAGCAAACUGUAAAAUCAUGGGUUGCAGUUUCUGCAAUUUUCUGUUUAUUCUUUGGGUUCUGCUGCUUUUUCACUGCUCUUUGGCUCUCUUUUCUCUUUGGCUCUCAAUUUGUGUAAUUGUUUUUUUAGGGUGAGACCUCCGGCUCCUCGUGGUGGACAUGGCGGACGAGGUGUCCCUACUGCUGCUACUGCUCCUCGUGGUGGGAGACCUCCAGCGACUCGAGGUCGUGGUGGUGCGACUGCCCCUGUUCAGACUCGGGGUGGUGGUGGACGUAUAGGAAGUUGACCUGUUCAACCUACUGAAGUUGAACUGUCUUCAUCAACUCCAUCGAUUCCCGCCCCUAUCGAUAGUGGAAGUACACCUGCCGGUACACCUGGCGAGACUCCUACCGAGACUCCUUCUAUUGACACGGGCGCUCCAGAUUCAGAGAUAGCUACAUGAGACAUUUUUUACUGUGAGAAAUGGUUAAAGACGGUGGGUAAAGCUUCUUGUUGGAAGGUGUUUAAGAAGUUGAUAGUUGACAGCUACCCGAUGGGAGAGUGCAUACACUGUCAUACUCUAAUCAAAGCUCAUCCUCACAAAAAUGGGACCACUGCAAUUAAUAACCACAUGCACUCAUGUUUGGCUAAGGUGGCAGCAUAUAAAAAUCAGACAGUAUUGCAGACAUUAGAAGGUGGUCAAGUAAGUGGUUUAUGGAAGUUUGAUCAGAGAAAAACUAGAUAUGCAUUAGCAGUAUGAUCAUUAUAGAUUAAUUGUCAUUUUGCUUUGUGGAGAGAGAAGGAUUUAAGCAAUUCAUGUAUGUUGUUCAGCCACUGUUUAGGAUACCCGGGAGGAAAGCUAUAAGAGAUGACUGCUUUCAUAUCUUCUUGGAUAAAACGAUGGAUUUAAUUGAUUUUUUUGAAUCAAGGAGCCAAGGAAGAGUUUCAAUCACUACGGAACAUGGACUUCUGAUAACAACAAGAAUUGCAUGUGUGUUACUGCUCACUUUGUUGGAGGUGAUUGGAAGUUGUAGAAGAAGGUGAUAGCCUUUGUUCCCAUCACAAGUCAUAUUGGAGUUGAUAUUGCAGAGAAGCUUGCAGGAGUUCUUGAAGAGUGGAAGGUGAAGAAUCUGUUCUGCAUGACCAUGGACAAUGCAACUUCAAAUGAUGUUGUCAGUGAGUGCAUGUAACGAAGCUAAAAGAGUGGGGGUGUGAUUUGAUGGAUGGAAAGUUUCUGCAGUUUCGAUGUGUUGCACACAUCAUUAAUCUAGUGGUACAAGAUGGACUGAAAGUGGUUGGUUGUGCUGUGGACAGAGUUCGGGAUUGUGUGAAGUGGGUGAGGUCUUCACAAGCUAGGUUGUUACAGUUCAAGAAUGGCAUGGAAUUUCUGCAUGUGGAGUCAACCAAACUGGUGUCUUUGGAUGUACCGACCAGGUGGAACUCCACCUAUACCAUGUUAGAGUCAGCAGAAAUUUUUGAUGUAGUGUUUACAACUUUGUAUUCAAGUCCAUACGAUCAUUCACUUAGAGAUUAUCUAGACUCAAGAGGUGGGCUUCCAACUAAUCAAGAUUGGCAGAUGAUUAGGAAGUUGAAAGACUAUCUGAAAGUCUUCAAUGACUUGACCCUUUUAGUCUCUGGUAAGUGAAAUUUCUGAAUUGCAUUGUUUUAUUUAAAAAUUUUAACCAUUUUCCCAUUUCUAUUUGUGUUAUUCUAAUAUUCUGGUGGUACCUUCUCAUUGUACAGGAACUAAAUAUGUGACUAUCCAUAUAUUCUUCAAGAAGCUUGUUAUGGUAUAUGACAUCAUUGAGAAAUUGAAGAAUGAUCCGCAUGAAGAGAUCCAAAAGAUGGCUGAGAAGGUUGAGGAAAAGGUACAAAAGUAUUGGUUUGAAUCAUGUGUUGUGAACGAGAAGAACAUGAAGGUGAACCACUUAAUUUAUAUAGCAUGUGUGCUUGAUACAAGAAGUAAACUUGAUUUGAUGUCCGAGGUUUUGGCAAUGAUGUAUGGGAAUGUGAAGGGAAGAGAAAUGGUUAACUGCAUUAUUUCGGAAAUGCGACAGCUGUUUGAGGUUUACAAAGGGAAGUAUGGAUCAAAAGCACCCUCCUCUGCAUCUAAGCCUACCACUAGUGAGAGCACGGCUGGUGGUGAUAGGAUUAAGCAUCUAUAGGAGAGGAUUACGUAUAGGAAAAGGGAAGCACUUCUACAGGAUACAGGAGGUAGCUCUGCUGAGCUUGACAUCUAUUUAACAUGUCAAACUGAUGGCAUCAAUGAGGAGAGUGAUGAUGCCAAGUUUGACAUCUUGAGUUGGUGGUCUCGACACUCUGGAACAUAUCCGAUUGUUUGUGAGAUGGCUAAGGAUAUUCUAGUUGUUCCCAUCUCUUUUGUUGCCUCAGAGGCAACCUUCAGCUGUGGCGGUCGGAUUCUCAGUCCAUUCAGGUCUUCUUUGAGUGAUAUCAUGUUGGAGGUAUUGAUUUGUGCGGAGGAUUGAAUAAAGUAUGAAACUACCGGGGCCGGAGAUAAUGACGAUAGGGAAGAUGAUGAAGAUAUCAUGGAUUUGGAAAGCGUUAAUACCACUUUCCAGUCUAGAAUGGAAAGUGCAAGUGAUGUUGGCAAUGUUGCCAAUGCAGAUGCAAGUCAGAACAUUCCAGAUGGGAAUGAGCAGGAGGGUGAAGAAAAUGUGUCAGAGGAAAAGUAUGAGAAAGAUGGAUAUGACGAUGUUGGUCAUGACCUCUUGCCGCAACUGAAAGAAAAGGGUUAUGUAGAUGUUGGUUCUUCUUCGGUUGAUAAGUGAUGAUUUGGUGGUAACUUGUAAUUUGUGACUAUGAAGUUUAUGAUUUUAUGUUCUAGUAUUUGAGACAUUAAUUUGGUGAUUUAAAUCUAUUUUCGAUGCAAAAAUGAUUGAAACUUGACUUGUGGAGUGAUUUAGAUGUAGAAAUGUAGGGCUGGACGUUUGAUUUUAGGCAAUUUUAGCGAUCUUGUUUGUAUAGGGGCGCUGUCCGGUUCGGUUACUCGGUUAAAACCGGUUUGCAUGAUGUCUUGUGGUUACCACGGUUAACCGAGCAACUAACCGGUAACCGACCAGUCGGUUGCCAGCUAACCGAUGGCUUCCGUCGAGCGAUUGGCGGUAGGCGAGGUUGGCGUCGCGGUUAACCGGUAACCGACAUUUCGGUUAUUGGUUAUAACCGAUCUAACAGAAAAUCCAGCCCUAGUUCUGGAGUAAGAUCGGAAUGGGGUCAGCUCUCUUAGCAGAGCUUUGGGGUAUUUUUCAUGGCCUGAACUUUGCUUGGAAACAAGGAAUCCAGUUUUUGAUCAUCGAGACUGAUUCCCAGCUUGCUAUAGAACUGAUGGAUAAAAGAGACGACCCGGUUCACCCUCAUUCUACCUUGCUAACUACGAUUCGGAGAAUGAUGGCACAGAGUUGGAUGGUUUAAUUAGUGCCUACAUACAGGGAAGGGAAUAGAGUCGUGGACUGGCUCUUGAAGCACAGUCUCGUCUAUCCCUUUGGUAUGUAUGAACUAAUAGAUCCUCCAGCAUAUUUGACUCGACUCUACUGUCACUCCAGGAAUUGGCCAAGUGAAACCACUUCCUAAAGCGUAGUAUAGCGGGUUUGGGUUUAAUUAUCAACCCGGGUCCUAGAUUUGAUGACUACUCAGUGAAUUCUUGUUAUCUAGCAAUGAAACUUUAAUGCAAGUCUAAACUAACAAACUAACAAAGCAAGUAAACGGUUGUAUUCAGGUUAAGAGAGGUCACCCGGAUAUGGUUCCCCCUAUACUGCAGUUAUGCCAGAUUGUAAUUACCAAGUUCAGUUUCUAUGAAAGUUAUACUGCGGAAGAUUCUUAAACAGCCUGAAGUCUCGACUAAAGGUCUUCAGACCCUCUCAAUCUGAAUCUCUAGCGGGCGACUAACCUCCAUCGGAGUAGACAGAUUGAGGCCCUAAGAACAAAACCUCCACUACCGAAGUGAAUCCGGUACAGAAUAGUGAGUUGGUUCCUCGACUAAAGUCACCAACUCCCUACCUUCAAUCAAGGAUACUCUAUUAACCUAGGCAGAUAUUCUCAUUCUAGGUCAAAGCAGAAACAACAGGAAUUUGAUCAGGAUUCAAGUCAUUCAAUUAUUCAAACCUCAAUCGAAUAUAAUCAAAUCAUAGAAUCAGUACUUGGGUUCAUACAAUCAAAGCCUAACAUACAAAUCUAGGGUUCUCCAUACCCAGAUGAAUGGGAGAACUACUCCAUAGAGAAAGAAGCAAAAGAAGAAUCAGACGCGGAAUUCAUACUGUGAAGGAUGGAUUCCUGCUUCUGGAUGUUGAUCGGCACUUCUCCAAGCUCAAGCUGGCCUCCAAUGGUGUUGAAGAUCAAUCUAGGGCACUUGGAGACUCUUGUUCGUCGCUUUCUCUCUCUAGGAACUGAUCUCUCUCUCUAAAACUCGAAUCCCCUUCUGUUUGGCUGAAAAUCUGCUUACAAAGGCAUCAGUGGCCAAAGCACGGUCGAGGGCACGGCCGUGCUUUGCCUGAGUCCGCCCGUGUCUCGGCCAAGGUUAAUUACACGGCCAGCAGUUGGGAGGAAACACGGUCGUGCUUCGCGUUGGAUACGGCCGUGUAAUGAUUGAAUCCAGCCGUGCUUUGUCUCGGCCCUGCCCGUGUAAUCAGCUCAGCUCUCGACAUAAAAAGCACGGCCACAG